AUGGUACAGGGAUUGGCAACCAACGAGUCUUGUGAUGUUUUUCUUCCAGGUGACAAUCAUCCUUAUUGGUUGACCCAAACUGGUGAGGGACAUUCAGUGCAUUUCAGCGUGCCGAAGGAUUGCAACUUAAAGGGAAUGACAUUGUGUGUCAUUUAUUCAUCAACCCCUGAAAACACAGCAUCUGAAUAUCUUGUUAGUGUCUUAAUGGUUAAUUACACAAAGUGCACCAUCCAGAUAUUCAAGCGAGACACAGUAACUUCCUUUAAUGAUGAAGAUUGGCAUGGCUUGAUAUCACAUUUAGAGUCUGGUGACAAAGUGGAGAUUUUUGUGACUUUUGGGCAAGGAUUGGUGGUAAAGAAGACAGCUGUCUAUCUAAUGUAUGAUGAAUCAAUUGGCAUGGAAAUGGAGCCUUCUCCUAAGCCAAAGAAAGAGUCAAGGGAAAAUGCCUUUGCAAAAUUCAUAAAGAAAAUUGUAAUGUGCAAAAUUCAACUUGAGUAG